UUCAAAUACUUUUUGCUAGUUCUUACGUAAAUUAUUUCUAUACAUAUGUUAAUAUUUUAAGUAAAAUGACGGAAAUGAAAAAUAAAUGAAAACAUAAAUAACAAGGGUUGACUCACUUAGAAAAGCUAUACCAUACUGUAUAUACAAAACCAUAUAAUUUAUUAUAUAUAUUUUAUUUCAUGGUAAGGCCAGUCUGCCGGGCUCCCUCAGGAUAUCUGAACACUGUGUUUGAGAAGGUUAAAAAGCUUGAGUUUUUACAUAUAAAUGCUGGAAGAGCAAUAAAAAUGUUACAUACUAACAACUAAGAAUCAUAAUCAAAGGUAAUUUAUCUGUUUAUGAUCCAUAAUGAGCAGUUAAGUCAUUUCAAAGCCUGCAUUACAAAAAAGAUUUCCACUUUGUUGCAAGUCUACCCAACAGAUUCAAUUUCCUUCAGUCUGACACACACACACACACACACACACACACACACACACACACACACAACGGUGAGAAAGACCGCCCCUUUAGUCAACAGUGCAGUCUGCUUUUAUCUGCUUAGCUCACAGUCAUUAUUUCCAUAUUAUUACAGCACUUCUCAGAGAUACACACUGCAGUAUUUAUUCUCCUGUGUAAAGAUGGAUGAGUAUGACAUUAUCGAUGCUGCUGAAAUUGAAGAAAUUAAAAGGUCACUAGCCACUGAAGAUCUGCCAUCAGCUGUUGACAAGAUUAAGGAUUAUUUUGCACAACAAGAUCGUGUGGAACUGAACAUUGCUGUAACAGGAGAGUCUGGAUCUGGAAAAUCGACAUUUAUUAAUGCCUUCAGGGGUUUAGGGGAUGAAGAUGAAGGCUCUGCAGAAACUGGUCCUGUAGAGACCACUACAGAGCCUACUGCUUAUCCUUACCCAAAAUUCCCAAACGUCAAAUUGUGGGAUCUCCCUGGCAUUGGAACCCCCAGAUUCAAAGCUGAUGAAUAUCUCAAACAGGUUCAAUUUGAACAAUAUGAUUUUUUCAUCAUCAUAGCAUCAGAUCGUUUCAGAGAAUGCCACGCCAGUCUGGCAGCAGAGAUAUUAAAAAUGGAAAAGAAGUUUUAUUUUGUUCGCUCAAAGAUUGACAACAACAUUGAGGCUGAAAAAAGAAAGAAGACAUUUAACAAAGACAAGACACUGGAUACAAUCCGAGACAACUGCAUUAAAGGUCUAGAAGAGACUGGUCUAAAGUCUCCUGCGGUCUUCCUGAUCUCUUGCUUCGAACUCAGUCUCUAUGAUUUCAACCAUCUUGAGGAGACCAUGGAGAGGGAACUUCCCCAGCACAAGAGAGAUGUACUGAUGCUGGCGCUUCCAAACAUCACUCUGGAGAUCAACAAGAGGAAAAAGAAGGCACUGCAGAGCAACAUAUGGAAGUUGGCUCUGCUCUCUGCCUCGGUUGCAGCUGUGCCGAUACCUGUUGUAAAUGCAGCUGCAUCAAUCACUGCAGAUGUAACCAUCUUGGUGACAGAGCUUAAGAAAUAUUACACUGCCUUCAGUUUGGACCCAGAUUCCUUACAGAAGCUUUCUGAGAGAUCAGGGAAGUCAGUAGAUGAACUAAAAUCUGUGUUGAAGUCUCCUCUAAAUAAAGAAAUAACCAAAGAUCUGGUUAUUAGAUUGCUGACAAGUUCAAGUCUUUUUGUUAUAGGAUCAGCAGCAGAAUACUGGCUGGGUUUAAUUCCUGUUCUGGGAUCUUUAGCAGCUGGGUCACUGUCCUUUGCUACUAUUUACUACAUACUGCAGAGUUGUCUUAAUGAGCUCGCUGAAGAUGCCCGCAAUGUGCUCAUGGUUGCUUUGCAAACAUCAGUAUAAAUACGUAAAAAAAAAAAAUAAUGUGCCAUUCAACCUCCCCCAUAUAUUCUUAUUAUAAUGAAGUAAAUGCCAUUUAGACAUCAUAAUCAUUUAAAUAAGUUGAUUUCUAAUCAUGACUAUUUCUUAAUUUUAAUCUAUCGUAUUUUAUUUGCUGUUUUUACAGUUUGUGGUGUCACAUACGAAUCAACUUAAUUAAAUACAGUUUAUAAUUUAGGUAUGUUGUUGUCUGACCAGUUUGAGAAAUGCUGUUUAUGAUUGCUCAUUACAUGUUUUUUUAUGAUUUAUGAUGUCGAUGCUAAGGUGCUGAGUCUACCCGAAAGUAACCAGAGUAAAUAAUUAUCCUGGGUAGAAAAGAAUACAGAAACAAAUACAACUACCUGUUGUAUCACUGUAACCAUGACAACAAUGUUUUCUGUAGGUCACUAAUCAAAACAAUAAAAUUAUUUCUCU